AUGGGCGCGCAGGCCCGGGCGCUGCUGCUGCCGCUGCUGGCCCAGUGGCUCCUGCGCGCAGCCCCGGCGCCGGCCCCCGCACCCCUCACGCUGCCCCUCCGCGUGGCUGCGCCCACCCCCGGGCCCGGGACCCCCGCCGCGCCCCGCGCUGCACCCCAAGCCGACGGCCUGGCGCUCGCUCUGGAGCCCGCCGGCGGCGCAGCCAACUUCUUGGCCAUGGUGGACAACCUGCAGGGGGACUCCGGCCGUGGCUACUACCUGGAGAUGCUGAUCGGAACCCCCCCGCAGAAGCUGCAGAUUCUCGUUGACACUGGAAGCAGCAACUUCGCCGUGGCAGGUGCCCCGCAUUCUUACAUAGACUCGUACUUUGAUGCGGAGAGGUCGAGCACUUACCGCUCCAAGGGCUUUGAUGUCACGGUGAAGUACACGCAGGGAAGCUGGACGGGCUUCGUGGGGGAGGACGUCGUCACCAUCCCGAAAGGCUUCAAUAGCUCGUUCCUCGUCAACAUCGCCACUAUCUUUGAGUCCGAGAAUUUCUUUCUGCCUGGGAUCAAGUGGAACGGGAUCCUGGGACUCGCCUAUGCUGCUCUAGCCAAGCCGUCAAGUUCCCUGGAGACAUUCUUCGAUUCCCUGGUGGCCCAAGCAAGGAUCCCCAACGUCUUCUCCAUGCAGAUGUGUGGGGCGGGGCUGCCCGUGGCUGGAUCUGGUACCAACGGAGGUAGUCUUGUCCUGGGUGGAAUUGAGCCAAGCUUGUACAAAGGAGACAUCUGGUAUACCCCUAUUAAGGAGGAGUGGUACUACCAGAUAGAAAUUCUCAAGCUGGAAAUCGGAGGCCAGAGCCUGAAUCUGGAUUGCAGAGAGUAUAACGCAGACAAGGCCAUCGUGGACAGCGGCACCACACUCCUGCGCCUGCCCCAGAAGGUGUUCAACGCGGUGGUGGAGGCGGUGGCCCGCACGUCUCUGAUUCCAGAAUUCUCUGAUGGUUUCUGGACCGGGUCCCAGCUGGCUUGCUGGACCAAUUCGGAGACACCUUGGUCUUACUUCCCAAAAAUCUCCAUCUACCUGAGAGACGAGAACUCCAGCCGGUCGUUCCGUGUCACCAUCCUGCCUCAGCUCUACAUCCAGCCCAUGAUGGGGGCCGGCCUGAAUUACGAAUGCUACCGAUUCGGCAUUUCACCUUCCACUAACGCACUGGUGAUUGGUGCAACCGUGAUGGAGGGCUUCUACGUGAUCUUCGACAGAGCUCGGAAGAGGGUGGGCUUUGCAGCCAGCCCCUGUGCAGAAGUUGCAGGUGCUCCGGUGUCUGAAAUCUCUGGGCCUUUCUCGACAGACGACAUCGCCAGCAACUGCGUCCCCGCCCUGCCUCUGAAUGAGCCCAUCCUGUGGAUCGUGUCCUACGCGCUCAUGAGCGUGUGUGGGAUCAUCCUCCUCACCCUCAUCGUCCUGCUGCUCCUUCCCUUUCGGUGUCGGCACCUGCCCCGCGACCCCGAGGUGGUCAAUGACGAGUCCUCGCUCGUCCGGCAUCGCUGGAAAUGAAGAGCGAGCGGGACCCGAGCUCGAGCGACCUUGAACUCUCGACAAAGAGAAUUCCGUUAUCCGUGGAGCAGGCGAGGUCAUGAGGCAGAGUGUCUUCCUGGUCCACUAGUCUCAAAUCUGUUCUGCUCCCAGAUGCCUUCCAGAUUCACUGUAUUCUGAUUCUUGAUCUUAAAGCUUCCUUCUUCUCCCUCACUUCCAAGAAAAAUUAUAAUAAAAACCACCUCAUUCUAAACCAAAACAGAGUGGAUUGGGCUUCAGGAUUUAUGGGACUGAUUGUGCCAGACUGUCUAGGUGUGCCACCAAAAAAAAAAAAAAAAGAGGGGGCAAGCUUUUGGCUAGUUCUCUUCUUCCUCUGUCUCUGGAGCUGUGAGUUCUCAUGGCUCAUAACUGCUCUUAGCUGAUGGGAAGCUUUUCAUAUUAAUCACAUUUAAGGGUAUUUUGCACCUGGGUCCAAGAAUACAAGAGGUUUGCGAUAUGGUGGCAAGAGAACCGGCCCGGGGCCUGACGAUCUCACCAUCCUGCCUGCUUCUGACCCGGAAAGAGAGCCCUUGUCUGAGCCUCUCUGUGCUCUGAGUGAGAGCCAGAACCUUCUCGAAGGGGAACAUCACUCAAUGGUCUUCACCAGCCUCUUCUGAAGAGGAAAGCCUUUGUCCAUCGUGGUAGAGUGGGAAGGAAACCUACGCUUUUGUAUUCAGUGCUUCUGUAGUCUUGUUGGUAUAAAGAUAAAAAGCUACCUCUGUGGAGACUUUGCCCAGGGCUCUGUGCCCAGCUGGGGCUAUGGGUAGCCUGAUUCUAGCCAUUGCGCUUGCUGAAAAGAAUCCUCCUUCCAACAGGCGAGGGUAACAGGUGCUGUCCUGUGGCCAAGUGGGCCGUUAUUUCACACGCUUACUCUUCCUUAAAAUUAACAAAAGGUGUUCUGGUGAGAAAAGCAGAUCCCACGUCACUAGCCUAGAUGUUUGUGUUUCCAAAUCUCUGGCUGAAGGGAAAGCAGGAAAUGGCUCAGUGCCCAUCCUUCUGACCAACUCUCGGGGGAAGGAAGACACCAGAUGAACAGAGGGCUUGAAGGACCUUCUCCCAUGCUUUCAGGCCCUGUGUUUGCCUUUGCAGAAACCACUAGACUCCAGCACAGACGCCCGAGCACAUCUGUGGAGCCGUUGACCCACACGCUUCCUCCCUGUGGCGUGUUCAGUCUUCGGUGAUGAGGUGGGUAUGCGGUACUCUCCUUCUGUGAGGUACCUCCCUCUUACUACCAUUUAUUUGAUCAAUUAAUUUCAUUGCCCCAAAAAAGGGAGAAGCCUUAACUGGAUGCAGUCAGCCUUCCCUGAUCAGAUAUAAUUAGAAGACGGGUUCAAAGGCAACAUCCCAUCUCUCGUUUGUAUGCCAAGUUCAAUGUUUGCUUUGCGUCGCUAUUGGGUUGGGCUGGAUCUAUGAUAGAACCCCACUAAAAGGGCUAACUGGAGUGUCUCCUCUGGCUGGAUUGUCAUUUAUGUCCAAGACAGCCUGCGCAUGGGUGUUUCAGCCAUUGGCUCUGCUUACUGGACCAGGGCACGUCCAUACUGGGGAAUAUGUGGCUGGAGAACUGUGGGGUCACUCACACGUGUGUGGUGUCCUGGUGGACACUCCAGCAGCAGCAGGUUUGAGUUGUAUCUUAGAACCUGAGCCUUCCGAGUCCUCUUCAAGAAACCGUGUGAGUGCGGCAUGUAUGAGUCCCUCUGGACAAGGGGUCACAGGCGGAGGUGCCGUUACCAGGUACUCCUUAUCAUGUGUGGUCUCAGCUGGGUGAAUGGUAGUAACUCCAAAGUACAUUUCAGUGUAGACAUCACUAGAAGUCUAAUUCUCUUGUCCCAUGGGCUUUUUCAUUGGUUCCCGUUUUAUGGUCCACUUUGCACAGAAGGGAAGGCCAUCCUUCACGGAGCGGACCUUCCCCAUGCUCUGAAAAUCCGGGCCCCUGAAAGAAAAGGAGGGAGUUGCAGAGAUCACCCCAUUCCUUUGGCUACUUAUUCCCUCACACAGGCGUCUUCUCCAGUUUCCUGCAUUCAGUCUCUGAGCUGGGAACCUUUCUGUUGGCGUAGAUCAGCAGGUGCUGUUCCCAGAGUACAGGUUAAGGGCACAGCCGAUUUCAAGCUCCGGUCUUUGAAAGAAGUUUGCUCUAAUGCUGUGCAUUUCCUCUCCGAGUUCUCCACCUUUUCAUCUCAGAUGUCACUGGAUGUGACAUUCUAAUGGAAAUGCUUAAAUUACAAAAGCAUAACUUAGCAACAAGAAUGAAACAGACAAUUGAACGGGGGACAUUUUCCUGGCGUGCCUUGCUGUCGAAAAUUGGACUUGGAGUCAAAACCCCAGUUGGUGACACCCACCUCCUCGAGUUCUGUAAAUUGAUACUGAGCUUGGAGAACCUUCAAGGAGGCUUGCUUUGAGCGGGAAAGGAAGUAACAACCGUCUGAGGGGGUCAUUUUCACCUUGCAGCCAUGGAAAAGGCUGGACGAUGGUCCUUUCCUGAAAGGUGCUCUCAGCAUUUUGCUGUUGUCAGAUGCUGUCAACUCUCCCAUAAGAAAUGGAUUCUUCCUGAAAAAUGUUUUUUUUUUUUUUUACUAGGGUGAUACUUUGUAUCCUUGAUAAGUUAUUUGGAAGCCCCAAACGAAAUCCUGUCUUUAGCAGCUGGAACUAUGGAAACUAGCAAGAAACACGAUGACAACUGUGUCUGAUUUUUCUCCCCCUGGCCCCCCAUCCCGGGAGUUUUAAAACACACCACCGUGACUGGUGCCAGAUUGUCUGGCGUCUCCCAUAGACUCUGCUGUAUUUCUUCUGAACCAAAAAAUAAGUACCUGGCAUUAAAUAUUCUUGGCAUGUCACUUCUGGGAAUGUUUGCCGGGAACGCAGUCCACUCCUGAACGUUUGGGAGGAUUUUACCUGACUCAUUCGGAGAUGCAGAGGUUUUGGGUUGGGGAUCCCUUGGGGUCAGUUAUAAUUCAAAAUUAGGAAACUAAUCCCCAGCAAGGCAGCAUUAACAGCUCCUCAGAGCUUUGGGGACUACAAGCAGGCCUGAUUUAGGGAUCGCAUUAUCUUAUUGAAGAAGUGAGAGAAGAUUGUCAUAAUUUAAUAGGUUCCUGUGCAAAUGAAAAUUUGCCACAUUCCUCUUACCAGGCCCCUGCGUGGUGGAUUGCCAAGCAUGGUUCAGUUCUAAGUUCUGGCCUAGGGCCACAUGAGUCACACGGAAUAAAUCAUUUCCCCCAAAAGCCUCAUCCAACAGUGAUUGAGUUUCACCAACUUUUCCUUAUGAGCAGGAGCCAGAUCCUUGGGUGGGCUCCUGGUGUGCCUUUGUCCUGCAAACUGAUCAGAAUGGAUCACAGAACUGUUCAGAUGAAACGCUUGCCGCGGAUUUUUUUUCUAUUUUAGGAAAAACUACUAAACAUCUUAAAAUGUAAAAUUCAGGAGAUACUAGAUUUUUAGUGCCAAGGAAACUCCGCAACGGCAGCAGCUGCCAUGUACAUUUCUGGUGGGUUUUAAGAAUUUCAGAUUUGGACUUAAUGGCGCUUUACCAAUUAAAUGGCCAGCAGGAAAAAUACAUUUUGAGAGUGGGGAAGGAAGGAAGACACAUAAAGUAUGCUGUCAAAGAAAGCAGAAGAAGCUGUUCUGGGGAAGUGGCUUUUAUUAAUUCCAGGAACCCUCAGAUUUACCCAUGAAGUGGCAGCGUUGACUGCAAAUGUGAGGUGAUCCACACAGCCACAAGUCCCACGCUUCCAGAGUGUUCGAGCUGGAGUCGUGUCUGAUGUCAACAUGGGCCAAGGGAGAAUGUGGCCUCUUACACUUGGCCCUAGCCAGGUGAAGACUGGUUCAUUCGAGGAAUAGGAAAGGGGAUGUUUGGGACCUGGAAGGUUCUAGAAUGGGGGAAGGGAAGCGGGAUAGGAAGUUGUAUCCCUUGAUCAGCAGAUGACUUCAAAGGGCUGGGUAAACUGAGGACAUCCCAGGAGGUUCUGGGCUACCCAUUUCCACCCUUGGAAGUGAUUUUUUUGUGCCCCUACUUUUCAAGACUUUCCAAAGGAACCGUAGGAUUAUAGUUUGUCGAAGAGAACCUUGCUUUGCAGCCAUAUUUAGACACCUGCCUUCUAACAAAACUGCAGACGCAUGAACUCCCGAGCAAGUCACGGUCCUUAGGCUGUAGGUUCACGUUUGUGCGCUGGGAUCCACAGGACAGGAUCAAGAGGCUGAAGUGAGUGGGGGUGGUCGGCAGUUACCUUUGGGGUCUGAGCAUCUGACAGUCGCACUGAAGGUCACAGCGACACGGACAGGGACACAUCCCCCCAACCCUGCCGGGGCAGCCCGCUGAUUUCAGAAAGAAUCCGACUGGUUCCUGACCACAUCCCUUCUCGGGGAGCACCUGCCGUCGGACACUUGUGCAGAAAGGAGUGUCAGCCCCUGAGCCACCUCCCACCCCCGCCUGCCCCGCAUCAGUGUGGCCGUGCAGCAUCUCGCGGAGGCCUUGCCAUCCUGGAGCUCCCCCUGUCCUAGUCAGAAUGUGCAGGUCAGUAGGCUCUCUGGGUGUCCUGGUGAAGCCAGGUGGGGCUUGGGGAAACGUCCUGGUUUGCUGAGAACGUCUGCCCUAUUGUGACACCAGUGCCUCUGUGAAACCUCAAGUCGCCUGGGAUUAAUUUUGAGUGUUAUGAGGACACAUGACCUCAGUCCAUCAAUACAGAUCCAGAUAAAUCCAGAUCCAGCCCAUACACCACAAGAGCUUCUCCAGGGUACCUGACCUUCGAAGCCCGAAGGCCUCCACGUGUCCUGGGAUGCCCUCGGGUACUGGUUGGGCACCAUUGCCAAAGCAGAGAGGCUGGUUGUGUCCAGCUAGCAUCUCAGGACACAGGACAGGUGUGCUAGUAAAAUCCCCAUCUGGCCUCUAAGUAUUUGCUCAUUGGCGUUUGCCUGAGCCCAUGGGGCAGUGAGGAGAUGUGAACAGCUUCCUUUGCAGAUGUACUCCAGACCUACAGUAGUUUGCCAAUAUAGAUUUGUAAUAAUGAUUUAUGCAAUUGCACGUGAUCAGUUUAUAAAAGAGGUUCAUAGAAUAGCAUCACCAAGGGGAGAAUUGAAACCUUGAGCAUCCUGGAAACCUUCAUUUCCUUUGAGGUUUUUCCGCAGGAUUUUCUUUACUGAGGUUGCAAUAUAUGUAUUUUUUUCAUGGAGCAUGCACGGACCAGAAGACCAUGAGAAGGCAGGUGUCUCCAAAGGGUGGGGCUCCCUUUUUCUCUGUGAAAUGCCGUUUGUACCGGCCGCUGAAAGUUUCCCAUAAAACCAGGGUUUUCGCUUGCUUCUGUCUCCCCAUCAAAGUAAAAUUACAAAGCCUUACAAUUUCGAAGUCAAUGCUUCUGAAUGAAAGUUAUGAAAACAUUAAAAGAUGAUCUUUCCGAGGUAAAAAACAAAGUUGGUUAAGGAUCUGUUUCAUCUAUAGUGAAAAUCACCCAAAAUAAACUUCCUUAAUUCCAUUUCCUUG